AUGAAGCUCUUCUUAGCGCUGCCAUUGCUCCUCGUAGCGACAAAUGUGGAAGGACACUCAGGUCUUCCUCAUCCUCUGGCUCUCGCUUCCUCAUUCUCCCAAAUCUACCAUCAACUUGAGAAGAUCAACCUUGGAAAUUGCUCUCUCGCAAAUGUAUCCCUCCCAUUGAACGCAACAAAGUCACCGCUUCCAACACCAUCUAUGAACUUGACUCUCAAAUACCUUGCAUUGGGCCGGGGAACACAGAACUAUACCUGUCCAUCGAAUGGUUCCUCGAAUUCCAAUACCACCAAGCCCAAAGCUACAGGGGCUGCCGCUACACUCUUUGACGCCUCUUGCAUUGCACCAUCAUCUCUAGCUCUCCUCCACGAAGUGCCUGCAAUUAUCAGCGCCACUCCUCUCGGAUCUCUCGCGUUCAUGGCAGCCCUUGUGGCCCAGGGCACGAGAAGUACCAACCUCAUUAUUGGCGAACAUUACUUCAACGCUGGUGGAGACCCGGUCUUUGACAUGGGACUGAGUGGCUCCAGUUCCUGGAUUGCUUCUUGUAAAAUUGCCUCUACUCCAGCGCCAAACUCAAAGUCAGGGUCCUCCGGCGAUGUCCCGUGGCUUAAGUUAGGAUACAAGAAAGGGAACGGCAUCCAGGAAGUUUACCGAGUUGUGACAUCUCAAGGUGACCCGCCAUCUACGUGUGCCGGUCAAAAUGCAACGAUUCAAGUUGAUUAUGCUGCAGAAUAUUGGUUUUAUGGGUGACAGAAGCGUGCUAAGCCCUUGUUCGAGGCUAUAUGGUGG